AUGAGCUACCGCAAUGCGGUAGCUCAGUUCACGCCGCCCGACGGGUGCUGUGCUACCGCAGCAAUGCUGCGCUUCGAGUGCUCCCGCCUCGUGAUCCAGCGAGCGGAUCCCUUGGUCGAGCCCGGAAGGAUAAAGUCCUCUCAUAACCACCAGAUCGUCGGUGGUAAUUCAUUCAAUGCCACCAUGGCGCCCGUCGAGUACGACCCGUCGGCUCUGUCUACCUGCACCUCAUGCACAUUCAGCGAGGACUUCUCCAACUACUGGACUGCGAACUUGUACUUCAGGGCGAGGAAUGGCACAUAUAAGAGGGUGCCACAGAUGUUGAACCUAGGGCUUGAGGGUGGGGACGGUGGUAUCACAGUCUAUUACAUCCCCCCUUACGAUGGCAAGACGACGGUCACUGCCUUCCAACCAGGUUUUCGAAUGCUCGUCGGUGAUCCCACCCUGAGGACCCCCGAAGGACAACAGAAGCAGAUCUGCCACCGCUGCUUCAGCAACAUGGAGCAGAACCCCUUCGGCGGCGCUCCUUGUACGGGCAGCGAUACUACCUCCUUACCCGAGGGCAUGUGUGGUGGUGGUAUUAGAACUACCAUCACAUUUCCCACGUGCUGGGAUGGCAAAAACACCGACAGCCCAGACCACAAGGCGCACGUCGCAUACCCAAGCACGGGAUCUUUCGAGUCGACAGGGCCCUGUCCAUCAACCCACCCCGUGCGCCUGCCGCAGUUGAUGUAUGAAGUCAUGUGGGACACGACACCCUUCAAUGACCCAGACAUCUGGCCCGAAGACGGCAGCCAGCCCUUCGUUUACUCGACUGGCGAUGCGACUGGGCACUCCCAACACGGCGACUAUCUCUUCGGCUGGAAGGGUGACGCACUCCAGCGGGCCCUUGACAAGCGCUGCACCGGGGACGUCUGCAGCGAGCUCACACGCCAGCCCGCUGCUGACGCGACCAAGUGCACAAUGCCACAGUUUGUCGAUGAGGAUGUUGAUGGUUGGAUGGACGAACUUCCUGGGGGGAUGCCGGUCAUGUGA